GCCUAAUCACCAAUGCUCGCCCCGUUUCAGACGUACCUCGAACUAUACAUUCAGCUGAACUUAUACGCUAUCAUCGGCAGCACCUAACUUGCACAUUCAACCUGCAACUCAGCUCAAGCUCCAGCACUCAGCACUGAUGGACCAAGUCCACCAUAGGGCCCUGGACGCCCUACAAUCCUUUAUCGCACUCACAGACUCCAGUAGCGCCACAUCCCCUCGGUACAUUGCCAGCAUCAUUACGAACGCUACGUCCAGCCCACAUACGUACGUCUUCGCUGAGCUGCUCGAACGGCCCGCAGUCCAAGCACUCCGGUCUCCAGACACCCCCGCCGAAUUUCAGAGCUACCUAACCCUCCUUGAGAUCUUCGCCUGGGGCACAUGGCAAGACUACCAGCAAACGCCUAACCUUCCACCAUUGAGCGAAGAGCAAGCCCGCAAGCUUCGCCUACUCACCCUCCUAUCUCUUGCCUCUACGAUAAAACCCCUCACCUACGAAGCUCUUAUGACCUCACUCUCCCUCUCCGCACCAUCUGAACUUGAAUCACUUGUUACAACAGCGAUCUACUCUUCACUUAUAACGGGUCGCCUUUCGCCAGCUACAAACCCACCCACAGUUAACGUAACGUCCGUCGCGCCACUGCGCGACGUUAAACCUAGCUCUCUUCCAACGAUGAUCUCCACCCUCACAGCCUGGGAAGCCCGCUGUGGCUCCGUAAUCUCCGAUAUUGAAACAGAAAUAGCUAAAAUCAGAGCUGAUUCUGCACAGCGCCGUCAAAAGGAACAUGCGCGUGCUGUGGCCAUCGAGAAGACACUCGAGAAGUGGAAUGCCGAGGGUGGGGAGCAACUACAAGGCGGAAACCCUGGUCAGGGUCAGGGUCAGGGUCAGGGCGGUCUCGGGAAGAAUGCGGGAUGGAAACCCAGAGAUCUGAGUACGGCAAUGUUCGAGAGAGGGUUCUUCGGGGGUGGGAGUAACAAGCGGGAGUUUGAUGAUGAUGGGUACUUCGAUGGAGGAUCGAGCGAUUUUGAUCAGCAUGGUUCUGGGAUGGAUAUCGAUGAGGGUGCUGGGGCUAGGGCUUCUGGAGCUAGGCAUUCGAAGCGUUUUCUUGGGAAGAAGUCAUAG